AUGAUCAAGGACCUAAUUUUCGAACGCAUUAGCAAGUGCCCCAAGCCCGAGGGUGUGACCUACGCCUACGGCACCGCCGGUUUCAGAAUGAAAGCUGAUUUGUUGGACUACGUCAACUACACUGUUGGAAUCUUAGCCCUGUUGAGAUCCAAGUAUUUGAAGGGCCAGACUGUCGGUGUCAUGGUCACUGCUUCCCAUAACCCUCCUCAGGACAACGGCGUGAAGGUUGUGGAUCCUUUGGGUAGCAUGUUGGAGAGCUCAUGGGAAAAGUAUGCCACUGACUUGGCCAAUGCUAGUCAUCCGGAGUUGGCGGGCGCCGUGGAAAAGCUCGUUAAGGAGUUGGGAAUUGAUUUGAACACCCCAGCCAACGUUGUGAUUGCCAGAGACUCUCGUGAAUCCUCCUCGAGAUUGUCUGACGCUACAAUUGCUGGCGUGGAGUCUAUUCCAGCCUCUACCUUCACCGAUUACGGUUUGUUCACUACACCUCAAUUGCACUACGUGACACGUACUACGAAUGAUCCUGCCUUUGGCGUGACCCUGGAACAGGGCUACUACCAGAAAUUGGCCGACUCCUUCAAGGAGAUCUUCAAGUACGGGGGAGACGAAAAGGUGGAGAUCACCGUGGACUCUGCCAACGGUGUGGGAGCUCCUAAAGUCAAGGAUCUCUUUGAAAAGUACUUGAACGACGAGAUCAGCUACUCUUUUGUCAACAACGACUACACUAAACCUGAAUUGCUUAACUUCGAUUGCGGUGCUGAUUACGUCAAGACCAACCAGCGUCUUCCAAAGAACGUUUCCCCUACACCAGGCAAGUUGUACGGCUCAUUUGACGGUGACGCAGACAGAUUGGUUCACUAUUACCAGACUGAAGACGGUACUUUCAAGUUGUUGGAUGGUGACAAGAUUGCCACCUUGAUUGCCUUGUUCUUGCAGAGAUUGUUGUCUAAGAUCGACACUUCCAAACUCAAGUUGGACAUUGCCGUUAUCCAAACCGCAUACGCUAAUGGUUCUUCCACGAAGUACGUCUCGGAUGUCUUGAAAUUGCCUGUUCGUUGUACACCUACAGGUGUGAAGCACUUGCACCACGAGGCUGAGAAGUACGACGUCGGUGUUUACUUCGAGGCCAACGGCCAUGGUACCGUCAUUUUCUCCAAGGAUGCUGAGGAGAAGAUUUUUGCUCACGAGGCAGCCUCGCCUGAAGAAACUGAGGCGUUGAAGGUGCUCCAGCAGUUCACCAAGUUGAUCAACCAAACCGUGGGUGAUGCCAUCUCCGACUUGUUGACUGUUUUGGUCAUUCUUCACUACUUGAAGUUGACGCCAGAGCAGUGGGACCAAGAGUACACGGACUUGCCAAACAAGUUGGUGAAGGUGGUGGUUCCUGACCGUACUGUUUUCAAGACUACAAACGCCGAGCGGACCUUGGUGGAGCCCGCCGGAAUGCAAGAUAAGAUUGAUGAGAUUGUUUCAAAGUACUCUGAGGGAAGAUCAUUCGUGAGGGCCUCGGGCACUGAGGAUGCUGUUAGGGUAUAUGCUGAAGCUGACACCAAGGAGCAUGCAAAUGAGUUGAGUGAGGAGGUGUCAGCGUUGCUCAAGUGA